UAAAGAAGAGAAAUGACAGUUCAUUGAAGCUGUCAGCGGUGUUACUUCUAUUAAAGUUUCGCUGCAAAUAAGUUUUUCCAUCAAAUGCCAUCGAUUGUAAUUGUUAAGUUUUAUUGUCAUUAACUCUUAUCAAGAGGAAAUGUUUUUAUUUAUUUUGGAUUUGACGAGAAAAAUUGAGAAUCCUUUCUAACUUGUCGAGUGUGUACGCAGGAGGGAACAGCUUCACUCGCCGGUCAGUCUACUGGAAGAUUCCAUUGUGAGUGGGUUUAAAAAGUUUUUACUCCUGUGAUUUGUGUUUUUUUUGCGAUUAUCAGUGAUCAUUCGACACUUAUUAUCAAUUUAAAAGAUUUUAAAAAAAGGCCCCGUAAACGUUUGGAUAACCAGUGGACUAGAAACAUCUCUCCUCGACCGAUGAAAAAGGGAUAAGAACUGAAAUAUUAAAUGACAAUGAAUCUGACGAGGAUCUUUAGCUGAAAAUGUAGUGUACAAGACCAAACAUUUAUUCUUCUGUAAAACUCCUUUUUAAUGGCUUCGAUAGUGAACCAAAGCAGUUUUUUUUAAAAGAAAACUUUUAUUUGAAUACAUUUCCAUUUUCCUGUUUAGCCAAAAAAAAAAAAAAAAAAACAAAAAAACAAAAAACCGACCAAUUUACUUAUUCAAUGAGAUAGUCGAGUAUUAAACUUAAAUAGACCAACUGUCAAUUAUUAUUGACAAAUAUCAGAAAAAGAGUAUAAAAAAUUGUUGGGUGUAUAAUAGAUAAUAAAUAAUUAAAGAGAUCUGAAGAUGUAUAAGGAACCGAGUAUAAUGACUGGUAAUGGAACAAAAGGUGAUGAAGCUGAUUUGGUCAGUAGAUUUCUAGCACCCCUUUGCUCUCGAGAUGAGAAUGCAAGAGACGUCGCUUUGGCGAAUGCCAGAACAACAGUUGAGGGAUGGCUCGGUGGAGUCGGCAGUCCCAAUCAUUGUGGAGAAAGAGUGGAGAUAGAGCGACCUUGUUCUACUGGAGUAUUUAGAGGACAAGAUGGAAGGUACGAUAUGAAUAUUGAACGCUCGCCAACAAAAACAGUGCCGAAGAAUUUUUAUCAGCAUCCUGAAUCGCGCGGUACAUUUCAAAUGGAUGGCUUCUUUCCACAAAGUAUCAGGGAGACUUCAGUUUUUCCAAAAGAGAGCAUAACACCGGAAAGAUGUCCCUUCGAUUCAUUCGAUUCAGUUGAUGGAAGAGUGAAUGAUUCAUUUUAUAGAACGGCAAAUGAGGGACGACGAUAUAUUGCCGAUGGAGAAAAGCUCGCUAAUUCAAAUUCAUCAGACGAAGGCAAGGGAUUUAAAGUUGAUGGUGCUCGAGCAUUAAGGUACCGUGAGCCAGAGACACGCUUCAGUUCAAGUAGCGAGAGCGAGAGGAGAUUUUCCUCAUCACCCGAAAAAAUCAACGAAUCCAAUCACGAUGACAAGCAACGUACCAAGCAUCCCGUUAAAAUAAAAAUAUCCAAACAAAAACAAUUAAAUGAAAAUAAUGAACUCGAUUCAGAUACGAGAAUUUAUGGCAAGAGUCCAAAGUUUGACGAUAAUUUCACAAGUUUUCAAUCAGUUAGCGAGCAAAUGAACGAUAGACGAAGUUUAAAUUUACGCGAUGUGGAGAGUGGACGCAAAUAUCAUGGCGAAGAUGUUGAGGAUGAUGUUCUUCGAGCACGUGACGGUGUUGUUUUUAAUACAUUGGAAGGUUUUGGAAAUGAGGAUAUUGAAAAUAUGAAUUUAGAACCAAUAACACCGUUUUAUUUUUUGGAAAAUACGGAUGAGAAGUGUAUUAAUAAUGAGAGAUCAAAAGUUCAUGAUUAUUUACGUAAAAGUGAGGAGAGAAAAUUUAGCGUUGGACAGAUUAAAAGACCACUGUCACAAGAUGAGGAUGUGUCCACUAAAAGUGGACGUGUACUGGAGAGUCCUGAAGUAACACCCAGCGAAGUUGGAAGAAUGUUAAAUCUUGGAAAUGUUUUUGACGGCCCCCGUCAAAUUCAAGCGAAUAAAUACUUGAGUAUGGUCACUCUUCACUUGCCAGUAAUAUUGAGACUCAGUGUCAACUGUCCUUUUCGCAAUGUCAGAAUAAAAUGCGCCGAGAUACUCGAGAUGGUCAAGGAAAGAGGAGUCCCAGUGCCAAAGCCAGUAUUCGAGGGUCCCAGUGCUUUCGUUCCAAUAUCGGAGUUGCCAGAUUUGGACAAUUUAGAUGAAAAGUCGUAUAUGCUGUUUAUUGAUGCUUUCUUACAAAACAACAGGCUGGAUCAUGUCUCGAGAGUUAUGUCUUCACAUCCAUCCUAUUUGGAGCAUUUUUUGAAGACACAAAAUUUCAUUCUUCGUGGAGACGGUCCUCUUCCCUACGACUAUCGACAUCUCAUCGCUAUCAUGGCUGCUGGAAGGCAUCAGUGCAGCUACCUCAUUAAUCUUCAAAAGUCAGAAUUUUUGCAUCAAGGUGGCGAUCCAUCGUGGCUUCAGGGCUUAAGAUCGAUACCAGGGAAGCUGCAGGAUUUGUACGAGAUCAACAAAAUUCUUGCACACAGGCCUUGGCUCCUCAAUAAAACACACAUAGAAAAAUUAACGAAAGGUGCCGAUAAUUGGUCGUUAGCCGAAGUUGUCCAUGCGAUAGUUCUUUUGGCUCACUUCCAUUCGCUGUCGUCCUUUGUCUUCUCCUGUGGAAUUAACGAGGAACUGGACAACGUUGCGGGUUAUCAUUACAAGGAGAAUGUCCAAGACAAUAGCAUUAAAAUACAACCUGCCAAAGACAAACUUUCUAGUAGUCCCAAGAAAAUUCUCAAUGGCAGUGGCAAGACUGAAUCCAUCCCGUCGCCGCCUUCUUCACCCAGUAUAGUAGGAGAGCAAGAAGUCGGUGUGGAGACUCUCAUGGAACGAAUGAAGCGACUUUCGGAAAAGUCUGAAUCUUACCAAAUCACGCAAGAAGAAUUGUCAAAACGAUUCGAAACAGUGGAAACGCAAUCGGCCGAAUUGGCCGCCGCUCCACAGAGAAGUUCAAUUCUCGACUCGGACAUUGGAUUGUUCAUCGAGGAUCCAACAUUUAUUUAUCAGGACUUUGCCAAGCGGGGACAACUCAACGACAUACCAACAUUUCGCGUACAAGAUUAUUCUUGGGACGAUCAUGGUUAUUCGUUGGUCAACAGGCUUUACAAUGACGUUGGCAAUCUUCUCGAUGAUAAGUUCAAGACGGCCUAUAACCUCACGUAUUAUACGAUGGGCACGCACAACAAAGUAGACACAUCGCGUUUCCGACGUGCUAUUUGGAAUUAUAUCCAAUGCAUGUUUGGAAUUAGACAUGAUGACUAUGACUAUAAUGAAGUAAAUCAACUACUCGAGAGGAGUUUGAAAACCUUCAUCAAGAGUGCCGUUUGCUAUCCAGAACGUGUCACGAAAAGGGAUUAUGAUCGCGUGAUGAGGGAAUUCAAACACAGUGAAAAGGUUCAUGUGAAUUUAAUGAUUCUGGAAGCUCGAAUGCAAGCAGAAUUAUUGUAUGCCUUGCGAGCUGUGAUGCGAUAUAUGACCUAAUUUUAUUAUUCUUGUUUUUUUCUUCGUUAUUGUUGAGACAAUAAUCGAGUAAAAUCGAUUUUGUCAAUUCUUUUCUCGCAUGCGAUUUGGCGAGAUUCGAGAGAGAGAGAGAAGAGAGAGGAUAAUUUUUGUUUGUAAGACUCGAAAAGUAAAUGAGCUAAUUUUUAAGAGAAAGAAAAAAAAAUAUAGCAACAGCAUGUUAUUACGAGUCUUACGAUUUUUUUUUCUUUUCUGAAACUUGGAUGUGAUUCAGUUUGUAAAUUUUAUAGAACUUUCAGCAAGAAAUGAAAGAAAAAAAUAUAUAUAGAGGAGAGCUGUAUUUCAUAAAAGAAAAAAAAGAUAUUUACAAUUAUAAAUGUGAAUAAAAAUAUUUAAGACACUCGAGGUUUUGAAAAUUUUGAAAUGCAGCGCGAAAUAUUACAUUCAGCUUUCUAUCUAUUUUGAAAAAAACACAUUUUAUUGCGCCCUUUUUUUUGUUAAUUUUUUUUUCUUUUAUGCAGAUUUUUUUUUGCAAUGGAAUUUUUCUAAAUUCCAAUUUUUUCAUAAUAGACGUUUUUUUUUCUUUUUUUAUUGUGAAAAUACUUAGAAAUUAGACAUUGAUUUUGCUUCCACUGUAUUCUUUUCAUUUUUUAAUUGACAGGGUUCAUUUAUGAUAGUAUUUUUCUUUUUUUUUUGUUUAAAGAAUUCUUUUUACGAAUUUUCGAAAACAAAAUGUGUUUUCUUUUUAGCAAUUUUUAUAUUUAAAAAAAUUGUCAUUAAAUAGCAAAGUUUUUUUCAAAAAUUCUAAAUUUUUAUUAUUAUUUACGAAAACUUUGCUUUUUUCGAGACAUAUCCACUUUUUCAAGUGCUCAAUGAGCCAAAGGGAACCAGUUGUACAUAGUUUUUUUUAUUACAACACAUUUUUAUCUCAAUUUCGUUGAAUUGUGAUUACUUUCAAAUUGAUUUGUAUUAAAUCUAUUGUAGAAAAAUAAUUUUUAAAUAUGUGAAUCCAAAACACAUUUUCAAAUUUAAAUGGAAAUUUUUGUUUCAAAUUGAAAUUGUCAAAUUUCGAUUUAUAUUGGAUUUUUAAUUAAAAAUUUUUAGAUUAUAAUUUUAAAUAUUUAACAGUUUAUCCUUCCUAACCUAAUGGUUUUUAAUAAUUUGUUUAUUUUUCGUAAAGAAAAAAUUUGUUGAACAAAAGAAUUUUAUUGUUUUUUUUUUACAAAUGAACUCUCGAUUUUUCAUAGAAUCACGAUUGUAAGUGUCUUCGUAAUUAUCAUAGUUAGAUAAUUAAAAAGUAGAGCAUCAAUGUUCAGUAAAUAUUCAUUAAUCACAUUUUUUUUUUGAAUGAUUUUAUCAUAUGAUAGAAGGCAUUAAUUAUUAAAUAUGAAAGUCUUCUCAAAAGUUAACAUAAAACGUAUCUUCUUAUAGAAAUGAAUUUGAAAUCUAAAUUUCUAUUUGUGUAGAAUUUUGUCUUCUUGACAGUGACCAUCUGACGAUAAGAAUAAUUUAUCUUUAAGUAAAGAAAAUAGAAGUUUUUUUCAGAUAAAUGUAUCUUCGAAUUUGUAAUCAGAAAACGUGGAUUUGAACUGAUAUAUCAAAAUUUUACAAUAUUGAGAUGUUGAGUAAAAAAUUUUUGUUUUGCGUACUUGUAAAUGAAUGUACAAAGAGAUGUUUAGCAAGAGAAAUGAUAAAAAAAAGCAUGCUGUUGAUUAGGAAUACGAGAAAAGAAAAGAGGAAAAAAAAGAGAAAAGUAUUUUUUUUUCCUCUUUAAUUUUCUUCUGUGAAUAUUUUUGCGCUCUUUUAUUAAAAUUAGUUUUUUAUCGCUGAUAUAAUUUUUAUAAAUCGUGCCAUCGUCCCUCAUUGUUACUCUGCUAAAACCUGCGGAGAUUUCGCAGGCGAUAAUUUUUAAGUUACAAAGACGGAAUUGUUGCGACUACUCAAUUGAAAAAUAAUUUUCUCUAUUAAGUAAAUGAGUCCUCGCACUUUCUCCGCGCAGCGAUCUCAGUUAGAGUGCGAAUGUCGAGGGAUGAUGCAAAAAAAAGCACGUGAAUGGUGAUUUUUUUUCAUUUUUUUUUUUUUUUUCAUUAACUGACAUGCGAAAGCAAUCAGAGAAAAGGACGAAAUAUUUAUUUAGUAAUGUAACACAUGUAGUUUUAUGAUUUUUACAAUUUCUUCAAAUUGCACACAAUGCUUGUUUCGCUUUCCACAAAGAAAAAAAAAAUGGAAGCGUAAACCUGACAAAAAAAGUAAUAAACAAAAAAUGGACAAUUUGCGUCGGUGCAAAGGACGUUGUAGAGCGCAAAGAAAGUUUUCUGGAACUGCGAGUAUUUUUUUAAGAUUAAUCUUUAAGACUUUCUAAAUAUGGCUAUAUAUUGUUAUUUUUUUAGUUGCUUUGUCUGUGAAGAAACAAAAAAACAUAAUGAGAUUUUUGUAAAUAUCGUGACUCGGAGAGAAAUUUUUCAGUUUUUCGCUCCUGUGAUUUUAAUUGUAAUAUUCGCGAGAAAUGUUGAAAUAUAAUUUCAAUUUAUUGUAAUUUAUUGUAAAAAAAAAAAAAGAAAUUUUAAUUGAGAAAGAAAGGAAGGAAAUAUGAGAUUGAAAAAAAAGGAAUGUUUUGAGAAUAUUUCGUAAUCAUUGAGAUUACUUUUAUUCCUUUGAAAAAAGAAAAGAAAAAGAUAUAUAUCAAGUAUUCGUGUGGUCGUAAAUUGACGUUUUAUAAAGUGAAAGAGUUAUCUGUGUAUUUUCUAUAUAAAAAAAAACAAAUAAUUAGCACUUGGUCACACCCGAGUUUACGUGUUUUAUGACUUUGUUUCUUUGUUUUUUCUUUACUGGAAAAUCAUAAAAAUAACUGACAAUGCUGUGAGGCGAGAGGAGAAAAAAAAUUAUUUUUUUUUUGUUUAAUCGAGCUGGCGCCUCGAAUAAAAAAUAGUCAAGAAAAUAAAUAAAUAAAUAAUAUGAAGAUGGACAACAGUACUUUAUAGUGAAUCAAUCAAUAUUUCGCUUUGUACUACGAUAUUUUCAAUUUAUUGCGACUAUCAAUUGAUUGUCAUCCUCUAUCAGUUGUCCACCUCCAACAGUCACAAAAAAAACAUAAAUAAUCUAUCUAUAUAUGCCACCGCAUCAAGAAUGAUCGUGUGAUAAUUCAAGUGAUUUGACUUGGCCCUUCUGAGUUAACGUUCGACGAAAAUAUCUGAUAAUGAAAUGUUCAGGUCAAACAUACUCUGAUUUCUCUCGAACAAACUUCCUAAUGUAUCUUAAUUUUCAUCUAGAUUUAAUUUAUUAUUUCAAUCAAUUAGCAUUCCAAUCGGAUAUCUUCGUUAAAUUUUUGAAUUUGAUAUUUUUUACUAUAUUAGAAUUAAAAAAAAACAUUAACUUUUCUUAUUAUUGCCAUAAUAUAAUUAACAUAUUAUUGUUAUUAGUAUUAGAAUUCUUUUUCUUUGUGUUUUAUAAUUUUAAAAAAUUAAAAACAAUUUGAUCUCGAUACUUUAAGGAUAGAUUUGUUUCAAAUAAUUGGAGUAGUGAGACUUAUUAUAGUAAAAAAAAAGAAGGGUCGUAUGUGAUGUGAUUUCUUUUAUAUCGUAACGAAUAAUGAAUACUAAGAAAUGUUAUAGUUUCAUAUAAUAAGUGAUAUGUUAUUUGUCAUUUAUUUUAUCCCUUAAUAAAUGAUGUUAUACAAAA